GAAAAUACAUAAUUUUGCUAUUAAACUAUUUUAUUCAGAAUUUUCUUUCAUAAAGAAAGCAAUUGAAAAUUAUAAUAACAAGCCAACAGUUAGGCCCAAGCCCUUCUGCCCCUAUCAAUCAAAUUAACGAGAGAAGUUAAUAAAAUAUUAAUUCAAUCAUAUAAUCGACGAAAAAAUCAAUUAAGCUUACCUUUUCCUUUUGAAAUCAAAGAAGUUAUCUUUCUAAUCAUUUUCAACAAAAGUUUUUCUCUCUUUUAAUUUUUGUACAUAAUUGAAAUAAAAAAAAACUCUCAACAAGCUUUUAAUCUCCAAUUUUAAUCUAAAAAUUUCAAUCCUAAAUAAGGCACGCGGUGAGCGUUUUGUCAUGUAAAAGGCCUCAAUUUUAUGAUUAGAUCAUCGCAACACGAUUAAUUACAAACUUUGGGAUCAUGCAAGUUGCAAAAUGCUGCGUGUUUUGUGGGUGUUCCUCCCAUCUCUCAAUAUCAUCGACUGAAAGAUGAUUUAUGCGUGAUCGUUUGUGAUCGUUUUCAAUAUACUCACGUGGAAAUUUUCUAAAGCCAAACUAUGAGAUUAUUCGGCGGGAAGCGCUUCAAAUGCAUUGAGGAGUUUCGAUUGCGACAAUGUGGAUUCAAUCAUGAUCCUCCUGAGGAUCUUGUGCGAUCACAGUGGCAAAGACGGAACAAGAGUUGGUUUUAUUUAAUCUACAGAUGGAUCAUUGCGGCACUCUUCAUCGCCGCCGUGGCUGUGUCCAUGAGCAGACUCCAAGGCACCGACUGGGGCUACUACUUCAUCUACUUAACCAACUGGGGCAUCAUCGCGUGCAUGUUGACAACCACACUGGGCGCCAUCCUCGUCACCCUCUGGCACUUCCAUCCGCAAUUCUCCGCACGAGUUGAGAGCGAAGGCGUCGUCCCAACGGCUUUCAAAGUCUAUUGGGCUUUGCACAACAGCACCUUGGUCAUGUCGAUAAUUAUCACAAUUAUCUACUGGUCGAUCCUCUUUGACGCUGAAAUUCACGUUGCUGAUGCAGUUAACGUCAUGACGCACGCCACAAACUCAGUCUUCAUGUUCAUCGACAUCCUCGUGGUGGCGUAUCCCGUGAGAAUCUACCAUGCGUGCCACAGUCUCAUCUUUGGCCUGAUCUACGUGAUCUUCUCGGCAAUUUACUACGCAGCCGGGGGAACAACCCGAUCGGGCGCAACUUACAUCUACAGCGUGCUCAAUUGGAAUGAACCAGGAAGCGCCAUGGUCACGGUUGUUGGUGUCUGCAUUCUGGGCAUUCUCAUUCAUCUCAUUCUGUACUUCAUCUACAUCCUCCGCACGUGGAUCUUCCGUCGGUACUUUGAGCGAGAAGAAAUUCUUCCGACAACGUCGUCACCCUGCAGCACAAUUCCCGGGCAUGGGAUCUCCAUGGUUCUCGGGCAAUUUGGGCAGGACAAUCGUGCCUUUACCACCAGCACGGAGAAACUCUCGUACACAAAGGAGAAAUAUUAAAAAGGGAAAAGGGGUUGAUAACUCGUGUGGUUUUAAGGCUUUUUUUUCAUCUACCAAGACAGGGUUUUAAUUUAAUUUGAAAUAAUUAGUAAAAAUAUUUCUAAUAAUUUAAAGAAUUUUAUGUGGGGUGCUAAUGCCAGGCCGAGAUCUCACCUCUGUGCCUCCAAUCACAAAGAGAUUUUUUUUGUAAUAUUCAAAUCCGUUGUAUUUACUCUAACUCUUAUCACAUUGCUACCUGUAAUUUUUUUGUAAAUGUUUUUUUUAGAGGAAUUUGAUUUUCCGCGUCCACUAUUGUUUAGUAUUUAGUGCUGUGAUGAAUGUAAUUUAAUAAAACUCUCUGUAAUUUA